AUGAAUCCUUCACUCUUUCUGGCUGCCCUUUGCAUGGGAAUAGCCUCAGUUGCUCUAAAACAUGAUCAGACUUUAGAUACAGAAUGGUACCAGUGGAAGUCAACACACAAGAAACUAUAUGGCAUGAAUGAAGACAGUUGGAGGAGAGCAGUAUGGGAGAAAAACGUGAAGAUGAUUGAACUACACAAUCGGGAAUACAGCCUAGGGAAACAUAACUUUACAAUGGCCAUUAAUGCCUUUGGUGACAUGACCAAUGAAGAAUUCAGACGAAUAAUGAGUGGCAUUCAAAUCAAGAAACAUAAUGAGAAGGGCAUAUUCCAUGAACGUUCGUCUGGUGAUAUCCCCAAAUCUGUGGACUGGCGUAAGAAAGGCUACGUGACUCCUGUGAAGGCUCAGGGUCAUUGUGGUUCUUGUUGGGCCUUUAGUGCAACUGGUGCUCUUGAAGGACAGAUGUUCCGAAAAACUGGCAAACUUGUUUCCCUCAGUGAGCAGAACCUGGUGGAUUGCGCUCGACAAGGCAAUUAUGGCUGCAAUGGUGGCUACAUGAAUAAUGCUUUCCAGUAUGUUAAGAACAACAGGGGCCUUGAUUCAGAGAAAGGCUAUCCAUAUACUGCAACGGAUCACAACGUUUGUCACUACAAGCCUGAGUAUUCUGCUGCCAAUGUCACUGGCAUUGUGAACAUCCCUCAUAAUGAGGGUGCACUGAUGGAGGCGGUGGCAAGAGUGGGUCCCAUUGCUGUUUGUAUUGAUGCAACUCAGGAUUCCUUCAGAUUCUACAGAUCAGGCAUUUAUUCUGAUCCCAAAUGCAGACAUAAUUUGAACCACGCUGUCCUUGUGGUUGGCUAUGGUUUUGAAGGACCAGAAUCAGAUAACAAUAAAUAUUGGCUUAUCAAGAACAGCUGGAGUAGUAGUUGGGGCCUACAUGGCUACAUAAAGGUGGCCAAAGAUCGGAACCUCUGUGGAAUUACUGACUUGGCCAGUUACCCCACAGUGUGA